AUGGGAAACGUUGCCACAAACGCGCAUGGAGCAGAGGGGACGCCACAGCACGCCUCACACGACUGUCCCAGCGGCUGCAGUGGCGAUCAAUGGCAUCGUUCGUCUUUCCAGCCGUCGAGCCACGGCUCUGAUGAUACUCCGCAGUCUUCGUUCUCUUUGCCAUUAACGCCUGCAGUUGUGAUUCAGACAUGCGCGGCAGUCCGACAAGCUGCAGAAUGCGGGCAUUGCCUGGAUGCGACUGAGGAGAAGGUCGAGGCGGCUCCCCGGAACGUGGUGCUCGAUGAGAACUUCUGCCCUCUCGCCGUCGAUGCAGGUCGACCCAACAAAUUCCUUUUCAUCACCAACACGUACUAUGACCGCCGAUGGCGCCAUCCUACAGCUCUGCAUGACUGCGCCAAUACCGUGGGAGCCCUUCAGAGACUGCUGGCGGCUUCACCCAGCCCACGGAGCGAGGGUGAUGAGCGGGGCGGGACUGACAGCUCGCAGGACAAGGCGACCGAAGGCGCGCUGCGAAGAGAUGUGACGCUGGAGAACAGCAGCGUGUGCUUCGCGAUCAACCGAUCCAAGGCGCAAUUCCAACAAGAAUUUGGGGACUUCUGCCGUUGGAUUCAACCGGGAGACAGCGUCUGUGUGUAUUACUCGGGUCACGCAACUGAGGUGAGCGUACAGCCCUGCCUGGUCACGCCGGCGAGACACGGCGCGCGCUCGCCGCCUGAGAAAAACCGCCACCAUAUCAAGCACGGUACGGUCAAUGUCGUGGACAUGGUUGAUAUGGUCGCUGCUCGGUCGCCGCGACAAGUGUGUUUUAUUUUGGACUGCGCCGCCAGCUUUGACAUGUCGCAUAGGUGUGCACUUCCUGUCGCCGUGGGGCUGCCGAUGAUUUACGAGUUUGUUGGCGACAAGACCAUCAUCAUGCAGAGCCUCUCGCCGAGCGUGUCGUUGGCAGCUGAUUUGCUGUCGCACCGUACCCUGACGGCUGAGGAUUGUGUGAAGGCUCGUGCGCGAUCCAAGCCGCAGGGACGCGAGGGGGAAAGAUGCACAAGUGGCGAGGACACGGCGUCCUCGUCUGUCACCACUGCCGACGGCCACGACUUGACACGCGACCGACGUGCCUCCCAGUGGGAUUCCGGAGACAGCGGAGACUGCGUUUCACGGCAGUCUGCGAAGGGAAAGGGUCCGGAGGGCGGUGAGCCAUAUGACCGGAGUCUGUCGCAAGACUCACACGACACACUGCCCCUUGCCCACAUCGAAGUCGCGUGUGAAGAGCGGCCUCCCACGCCAUACGAAUCAUUUUUGACGCAUGCCAAACGGGCCUGCACAGCCGAGGAACUCGCGUCGCUUCCCGAGACCUGGGAGCGGUGCGUUCAGCCUUGUAGUAACUUGUCGUUUUGUAUCAGCAUGGCCUCGCGAUCUCUGGAUGGCGACAUAGGACUAGACUUCCUCCGCAUCGCUCAGGUCGUCGCUUCAACGAUGAGUCGUCUCACAAACAACACCCAGAGUUUUUGUUGCCUGACAAAUAUGUGA